AUGAGGUUUCUGAUCUCACUGUGUGUGUCACUACUGCUGCUGAUUAAUGGUGAAAUAACCAGUGGACAAACAUCAGAAACUACAACUUCCAGCUCUGAUCCAUGCUAUGACUAUAGCACUCGUGAUGAAUACUGGAGAGACAUACGGCAAAUCCCAUAUCAGUACAAUGGACAUGAUGACACCCAUGUUGAAUGGAGUGGCUGGUACAGGCUGUUCUACAAUGGUCAAAAUGCUCAGAUGCCAGAAUCAUGUGUUAAUCAGUACAUGUGUGGCACUUAUGAGCCAAUGUGGCUCAACGGAUCUCAUCCACAGCUGGAAGAUGGAGUGGUCACCCGUCAGGUCUGUGUUUCUUCAUGGAAUGGCUGCCGGACUUUCACAUCCCACCCUAUACGAGUCAAAGCCUGCCCUGGAAAUUACUACGUUUAUGAGUUUGUCAAGCCUUAUUUUUGCGGAGCCUACUGUGCAGACGCCACAAGUCAGUCAAUCACAACAGUGUCGACAACAAUAGAGACAAUUUCAUCCAUCGAAUCCAUUGCUCCACCAAUCACAACCACUGCUCCCCCUGUUGAUCCCUGCUACAACUACAAUGUCCUGGAUGAUCCAUGGAGAGCCACCUACAAUCAACAUUCCUCUCAAAUAAUGUGUGACACUUGGGUCAGCUGGAACGGCUGGUACCGUCUCUUCAUUCAGGGUCAGAGCGUUCAGAUGCCAGACACAUGUGUUGAUGAGUAUAGCUGUGGCACUCAUGCUCCACUUUGGCUGAACGGAGGACAUCCAACAGUUGAGGAUGGAGUGGUCACUCGAGAUGUCUGUGGUCACUGGGACAAUAACUGCUGCUAUUUCCAAUCCAAUCCCAUUAAAGUCAAAGCCUGUCCAGGAGAUUAUUAUGUCUAUGAGUUUGUGAGCCCGACUGCAUGCCAUUUGGCAUACUGUGCAGAAUCUACAACUUCCAGCUCUGAUCCAUGCUAUGACUAUAACACUCGUGAUGAAUACUGGAGAGACAUACGGCAAAGCUCAUAUCAGUACAAUGGACAUGAUGACACCCAUGUUGAAUGGAGUGGCUGGUAUCGGCUGUACUUGAAUGGAGAAAGUGCCCAGAUGUCUGAGUGGUGUGUGAGUAAUACAGGAUGUGGUGGUGAAACUGGACUGUAUCUCAGCGGUUCUCAUCCAAGAGUUGAGGAUGGAGUGGUGACCCGUGAAGUUUUAGGAAGUUAUGUAUGGUCUAGUCAGUGUGACGACUACAGAUCUACAUCCAUCCAAGUCAAAGCCUGUCCAGGAGAUUACUAUGUCUAUAAACUUGCCAAGCCAGAUGUGUCGAUCUACAUGCCUUCAUAUUGUGCAGUUGCUUUCAGCAGCAUCAGCAGUGAUCCGUGCUACAACUAUCAGUAUCUGGACCGUCCCUGGAGAGCCACCAAUGAAAGUGGAGACUGGAUUUGUGAUGAAUCUUUCUCCUGGAAUGGCUGGUAUCGGCCUUUCUACUAUGGAAUGAACAUCCAGAUGUCAGAGACCUGUGUUAGUUCAUACAGCUGUAACACAUACUAUAAUCUGUGGCUCAAUGGUCCUCAUCCUCAGAUAGAGGAUGGAGUGGUGAUCAGAGAGGUCUGUGCAGGUCAAAAAUGGAAUGGCUGCUGUACUUACACAUCCCACCCUAUACGAGUCAAAGCCUGCCCUGGAAAUUACUACGUUUAUGAGUUUGUCAAGCCUUAUUUUUGCGGAGCCUACUGUGCAGGUGAGCAUUUAUCAAUCACAACAGUGUCGACAACAAUAGAGACAAUUUCAUCCAUUGAAUCCAUUGCUCCAUCAGUCACAACCACUGCUCCCCCUGUUGACCCCUGCUACAACUACAAUGUCCUUGACGAUCCAUGGAGAUCCACCAACAAUCAACAUUCCUCUCAAAUAAUGUGUGACACUUGGGUCAGCUGGAAUGGCUGGUACCGUCUCUUCAUUCAGGGUCAGAGCGUUCAGAUGCCAGACACAUGUGUUGAGGAGUAUAGUUGUGGCACUCAUGCUCCACUGUGGCUGGAUGGAGGACAUCCAACAGUUGAGGAUGGAGUGGUCACUCGAGAUGUCUGCGGUCACUGGAACAAUGACUGCUGUGCUUUUCUGUCCAAUCCCAUUAAAGUCAAAGCCUGUCCAGAAGAUUAUUAUGUCUAUGAGUUUGUGAGUCCAACUACCUGCAGUUUGGCAUACUGUGCAGAUGCAAGGAACAUGAACACUACCUCUACAACUGUAAUGCCAGAGACAACCACAGAAACUACAGCAGAAACCACAACAACUGGUAAUAGAAAUCCCUGCUCUGAACUCAGCUGCUCUGAGGAUGAAAGAUGCGGGAUGAAAAAUGGUGUUUAUGGCUGUUUGUGUGAAAAGAACCAUCACAGACAACGACAACGUCAUGACUCUUUUGAUUUCUCAGAAACCUGUGAAAGCAGCUCUGGCUCCUUGUCUGUGUCUCGCUGUCAGCUCUUUGAGGCUGGUUUUCCAGCUGACCUCUUACACCUCAAUGAUCCUAGCUGCAAAGGAACGGUCCGGAAUGGCAGAGUGGAAUUCCAUUUUGAUAACGAUGAACUCAUCUGUGGUACAAAUCUUGUGGCCAACGGCACCCAUUUCAUCUACAGUAACUUUAUUCUGGGGACACCGAGGUCAGAAGGUCUCAUCAGCAGAGAGAAAAUCCUUAAGCUUUCGUUCAGCUGUGUUUAUCCUCAAACACAAACACUUUCCAUGAAUGCGGAAAUCAACCCACUGGAGAGCAUUGUGCACAAGACGCUCCCCGCUGGUGAAGGGAGAUAUCAGGUUCGGAUGAUUCCAUAUGAGGAUGAUGAGUUUACCCGGCCCUUCACUGGUAAAGUGGAUGCAGAGCUCGACCAGAAGAUGAAUGUGGAAGUUCGUGUUGAGGGGGUUGACAGCCGCCAGUUUGCCUCAGUUAUGGACACGUGUUGGGCUACACCUGUGAAUGAUCCUGAUUACAGUCUCCGCUGGGAUCUCAUCGUCACAGAGUGUCCCAAUCCAAAUGACGACACAGUGGAGCUGCUGCAGAAUGGCGUCUCGACAUCCAGCCGUUUCUCCUUCAGGAUGUUCAUCUUCACUGCAAACUCCACGAAGCUUUACCUGCACUGUGCUGUUCACCUUUGCCUUCUGUCAAGCAAUCACUGCUCAAUGGACUGUAACUCUGAACAUCACUGGAGAAAGCGCAGGUCUCUGGACUUCCAUGACAGUGCUUCCAUAUCCAUUGGUCCUCUGAUGUUGUCUGAAGGCAAUACAGAUAAGUGGGUCCCAGAUCAAGUGAAGGUAUCUGAGGCUUCUUGUCUGUGUGCUUCUCUGAUGCUGUUACUUGUUCCUCUGAUGAGUGUCCUGACCCUCUUUUAG